UUAUUUUUCCAUGCAAUAAAUAACCUGUGACCUCCCUUCUCUCUCUGAAAGGAAAAGAACUGUUCCUACACUCAAAAGAAAGCCCUUGAGAAAAUCUUGCUAUAUAGCUUUGAAUUUAAUCCCCUCCUUCAUUUGCUACAAACCAAAGAGUUUAACCCUUCAUUCAUUUGCUCUCCACAGGGUCAUUAGCAUCAGGUUCGGAUCAGAGGCUUUUGGACUCAAGCUUGAAAAGGCUUCUGAGUGUCCAGAUUCUGAUCUUUGAGCAUUGGAAAAGGCUGAGGACAUAAUAUCUCUGCAGAGUAACCUGAUCAGUUUGUUCUAGAUAUGAGGAAUGCUCUUCUUCCCCCAGUGUCCUCCCAGUUCUACAUCAUUGGAAACAAUGAAGUGCAGAUGCCAUAUCUGGAUGUCCUUAUGCAGAUGGAAAGCAAAGGAAAUGUCCACGGCGGUGGCUUUUCUAUGGAAUCCAAAAUAUUCAACAAUGACACCCAGCUAAGAGAUGGGGCCUUUGUUAUUCCUUACCAAUCCCAUUUUAACUCUGACCUACAAGAUUAUCAGUCUGGCAGCUCCAACUGUGACAACAAUUUCCAGCAGUCUAUAUCACUUACCAGCAAGCUAGCACUUCCACAAUUUGAACAGGACAUUCAGAAGUUGCAAAAUGGAAGAAAACGACCAAUUGUGGUUAAUGACCAAAUGCCAUUGAAUGGAACUAGUGCUUUGAAUGAGUGGAAGAAGAAGAACAAGAGAAAGAGAUUACCCUCCUUUGAACAACAGCAAUCUCGUCAAAUUACUGAAGCAGUAACUGAAAUCAAACAGUGCAGGAUGCAUAUGCCUGCAGUUAGGAGAAGCCAAAAGCUAAGUGACAAGAUCACAGCUCUUCAAAAGUUGGUUUCCCCCUAUGGAAAGACUGACACUGCUUCAGUCCUUCAAGAGGCUUCUCUUUACAUCAAACUUCUCCAAGAACAAAUUCAGAAUUUGUUUCAGAUGCUGAGCAGCUCAUAUAACAGUCUCAGGGCUAUCCACCCACAGGAAAUUGGAAAGAAGCAACAAGACCUAAGAAACAGAGGGCUUUGCUUGGUUCCCAUUUCAUUCACCCAGAAAGUGACAAAAGAAGACCAGAAGGUUGAUAGUGAUUCUAUAUCAAGGAAAACAAUCAUCCCUAGAAAAUUCUAAUGCUACCAUAAUGCAAAAGCUUUGUCAUAUUUUAAUCCCCAUUAUACUAUAUAGGAAGAAAAAAAUAGAUACAUUUGGCUUUCCUAGUUAUGAUGUUGAAUGAAUAAUCAGAGCAGCAUUUAUUAAUUAUUGAGAACUAGAUUCAUUUUCUUAUA